GAUUUUAUUUAUUAUUGGUGAAUCGGUGAUCUUGGAGUUUGCAAACUGGCAUUUGUUUUUCGCCCAUUUCUCAUUAUUAAUAAUAUCCUUAAUUUUAAGCCCAGUUUCCUGAUUAGAUUCUUAUGUGAUUCGGAUUUAUUACCUCAAGCGUUUCCUGCCAGUAGAUCUGAGUAAAGCAUCAUGGUGUUCUUCUUUACGUCAAACAUUGUAACUCCAGCCGUUUCGAUGUACAUGGGAGUGGACAAGUACGAGAAUGAAGAACUGAUUAAGCACUCCUGGCCGGAAGAUGUGUGGUUCCAUGUGGAUAAACUUUCGUCUGCUCAUGUUUAUUUACGUCUGGAACCUGGCCAGACCAUUGACGACAUUCCCGAAACCGUUGUAACAGAUUGCUGCCAGCUGGUAAAAGCCAACAGUAUUCAAGGCAAUAAGGAGAACAAUGUGGGCAUUGUAUAUACGCUGGCGUCUAAUCUGAAGAAAACUGGCGAUAUGGAUACGGGCCAAGUGGGAUUUAAGGAUCAGAAGGCUGUGCGGCGUGCACGGGUGGAAAAGCGGAUUAAUGAGAUUGUCAAUCGGCUGGAGAAGACGCGCAAAGACAUGCCCACGCAGACCUUCAUUGAAGCUAAAGAGGAGCGUGAUCGCAAGGAGCGGGACGAGCGUAAGAAGGAUGCACGUGAACAGAAGGCCAAGGAUGCUGAAGAGGCCAGACGGAAGCAAGAAGAAGCCAGUUUGCGAUCUUACGACACUAUGAUGCGGUCGGAAAAUAUGAAAACCAACCGAGAUCGAGGAGAUGAUGAUGAUUUUAUGUGAUUUGGCGCUGAGAAUGUUUUUUUUACUUUAAAAAGAAGUUUGUGUUUGUCAACAUAGAGCCGUUCGAAAUAAAAUGAUCUGAAAUG